AUGGCCGAAGCUACGUCUACCCCGCGCAUCACCGCGCAGUACCUCGACAACUUCGUCGGCCGCAACGUCAUGCUCAUCGGCAAAGUGGUCCAACUUCGUGGCGACUCCGCCGUUGUUGACGCAGACGGCAAUGUUACUGUUAUUUUGAACCGCGAUGUCCACCUUACCAAUGGGAAUGGUGCUCAGAUCAUCGGAAAGGUCAAUCCUGACCUCUCCAUUAAGGUUCUUACUUCCAAAGACCUAGGAUCCGACGUGGACUACCAACUCGCCGCGGCCGUAGUCGACGCAACCCACCACCACAAAUCUCUAUUCAUCUACGAUAAUUGA